GUGUUGCAGGAAGUUGCGCAUGACAACUGAAGAAUAAUGGCGCCUCUAGACUUGGAUAAAUAUGCAGAGAUCGCAAAACAGUGUAAAUAUCUUCCAGAAAAUGAUCUCAAGAGGUUAUGUGACUACGUAUGUGACCUUUUGCUGGAGGAGUCCAACGUUCAGCCUGUUUCCACUCCUGUAACAGUGUGUGGUGACAUUCAUGGGCAGUUUUACGAUCUUUGUGAACUCUUCCGAACUGGCGGCCAGGUCCCAGACACAAACUACAUAUUUAUGGGUGACUUUGUCGACCGAGGAUAUUACAGUUUGGAAACGUUCACCUACCUGCUGGUGCUGAAAGCCAAAUGGCCCGACCGUAUUACGCUUCUUCGUGGAAACCAUGAGAGCAGACAGAUCACCCAGGUUUAUGGCUUUUAUGAUGAGUGCCAGACCAAAUAUGGGAAUGCAAAUGCCUGGCGUUACUGCACCAAAGUGUUUGACAUGCUAACAGUUGCAGCUCUGAUGGAUGAGCAGAUCCUGUGCGUCCAUGGAGGCCUCUCCCCAGACAUUAAAACUCUUGAUCAAAUCCGAACCAUUGAACGGAACCAGGAGAUCCCCCACAAAGGAGCAUUUUGUGAUCUGGUGUGGUCAGACCCUGAAGAUGUGGACACUUGGGCCAUCAGUCCCAGAGGAGCCGGCUGGUUGUUUGGCGCAAAGGUCACCAAUGAGUUUGUUCACAUCAACAACCUAAAGCUGAUCUGCAGAGCGCAUCAACUGGUCCACGAGGGUUACAAGUUCAUGUUUGACGAGAAGCUGGUCACAGUGUGGUCGGCUCCUAACUACUGCUAUCGCUGCGGCAACAUCGCCUCCAUCAUGGUCUUCAAAGAUGCGAACACAAGAGAGCCGAAGCUGUUCAGAGCAGUGCCUGACUCUGAGAGGGUCAUUCCACCCCGAACGACGACGCCGUAUUUCCUGUGAAACUAUAACAAGGCAGCAUUUUGUUUAUUGCACAGAUACCGCGUGACAGCAGCAUUAGCACUUAUGAACCCAUAUGAAUAUUUGUAUAGUACAUUUAGAUUGUUUACAGUGCAUUAUUGGUGCCAACUGUUGAUUAUUAUUCCCUCUUUGGUAUUUGAGGCUGUCAUUCUGCAACUUAAAUCACAUUUGUAUUUGCAGCAAAGGAUGUUUCCUCGAGCGUUGCUGUGCUUUUGAAUGUUGAAGGGGAAGGAUUAAAAUGAAGCCAACAGACUGCUUGAAAUAGUUUGUAAUGAAUCCGAAUUUACUUUGAAAUUACAAAUCCUCCUGCAGAGAGAAAUAGACCUGCAGCCCUGUAUAAAAUGUUUCGUUUUAUUUUGUUAUACUGAUGUAUUACAUAUAAGUGUAAAAUAACAAGCACUGUACAAAAGCAAAACUAUGUUCUAUCAUUACAAAACUCAUGUGACAGUAGACUUACUGUUAUUAGUGAUUUUACUCGAUGUAAACCUAAGAGUUGAUGCACAAGCAUUUACAUUUUUCAGUAUUGUCAAUCCUGUGGUACCUAAAAGGACUUUCUGUUAUUGCCAGAUUUGAAUCAUUUCUUGUAAUUAUUCUUGUGUGUGCGUCUCCAUGCAGUUUUUAAAUAAAGAAAAUCAAAAUGUG